AUGAUAUCCAAGAACCGUGGACGUACCGGGAGUCUUUCUCAGAACCGCAUCAAAAAAUCUUCAGACAAACAGAGAAUACGACCUGCGCCGAAACUCAAAUUGCCAUCCGAGGCAGUCAGUGCCCUCCCUACCAUUUCAUCGGCACCGCAAGUGCAGACGCGAGUCCCAGUAGCCGACAUGGAGUCUCCCGGCGAGCCUUCUGGCCAAAUUCUGACUUCCCGGUCUUCAAACCUUCCUUCAAACGCCACCCCGACACAGCUUCCUUCCCCGGUAACCGAUAAUGAUACCGACAAGGACGUCGAAAUGGCUCAGCCGACGGUUGAAGCUACCCCCGCGGACGAAAACACAGCUAGUGUCUGGGUUGACUCUGUUGAGGAGGGGUGGAAACAGCUCAAAAAACUUCUCUCCAUGACAAAGAAGCGGCCUGACCACGCCAAGAAACUCACUGAGGAAGAAAUACAAAGUUAUAUCAGAAAUAUGCGCGUCUACCUAUUUUGGCUUCAGCACGAAGUAGAGCCAAAGCCUGAAUUCAAGAAGCUUGGCCUCGAUAAGGUACUCGCGUUCUAUUUGCCCCCCGACUUUCCGGAAACAUUGGACAGAAUGGCCCCAGACUUGUCGCUACUAGCUCAAGAAGUACUGAACAAGUAUGAGGCCGAAGAAUGGGGUAAGGGCUUUACAGAUCACGAAGAAGAAGAAGGACUCGAGGCAGAUAAUUUGGGUUCCGCCGUUGCUACAUCCAGCAAAAAGGGUAGACAAAGCCCUGACCCCCGCUCUUCCGCUUACACAGAAGUUAUCCAACUUCCCCCCGCUUCCCAUCCGGUUUGGGGCCUCCGAGGCAUCAUGCAUGGCCUGGCUCGCAAGACGACAGAGACAGGUCGAGCUGUUUUAUUUUUGGAUCCUCGCUACCAUCACGAGAAACGCAAAGCCAAGGUUUUUGGCCACAACGACCACAUUCCCGGUGCUUGGUGGCCGUAUCAGAAGGCUGCUCACUUUCACGGAGCUCACGGUGCGCCUCAGGCGGGCAUUACCGGCCAUGCUGAUCUGGGAGCCUACUCUAUCGUUGUAUCAGCGAACUCAGUUUACCGGGACCUGAACGAGGACAAGGGCACCGAGCUUUGGUACAGCGCGGACAAAAGCACGAAUGCCAACCCUUUGAAAGCCGAAACCAGUAACGCGACAAGAAGUUUAGAGAUUUCAUUAAAGAAGGGCAAGCCAGUGCGGGUAUUGCGACACGCAGGAACCACUUCUGAUGCUAGGCGCAGUCCCAUCUACCCCACAGUUGGCAUUCGAUAUGAUGGGCUUUACAAGGUCGUCGCUCAAGGAUUCGACACAAACAAGAACAACGGCGUGUACAAAAAAUUCAAGCUUGAACGGCUCCCGGACUCGGAGAAUGAUGGUCGCUCAUGGGAGGAUGUCCAAAAAUAUCCAACCAGGGAGCAACGGCAGCACUUCGACAAGAUCAAGGAUGGAUACUAG